AUGGCAUCGAUCGAGAUCGGAGCGACAAACUGGCGCCGCGUCGAGGUUGGCCGCGUGCUCAAGCUCGAGAACGGCGGCCUGGCCGUUAUCGUCGAGAUUAUCGACCACAAGCGCGCUCUCGUCGACGGCCCGUCCACAGACGCCAAGCUCGCGACUCCCCGCGGCGUUGUCCAGCUCUCCCGUACUCUCCUCACCCCGAUCGUUAUCGAGAAGCUCCCCCGCGGCGCGCGGACGGGUGCCGUUAAGAAGGCGUGGGAGGCCGCCGGCGUCGAUGCCAAGUGGGCUGAGAGCAACUGGGCCAAGAAGCAGCUCCAGCAAGAGCGCCGCCAGUCACUCACCGACUUCGACCGCUUCAAGGUCAUGCGGUUGAAGAAGCAGAGGCGAUUCGAGGAGCGCAAGGCUCUGGCCAAGAUUAGGGCCUCGGCAUAA